UUCAGAGGAAAGAGAGAUCCUGAGAGUUCCCUGCACAGCGGGUCAUGCAAUGGUAUGUGAGAAAGAGGAGCAGAAUUCUCAGCAGGAAAAUGUUGAGCAAGUGGAUAAACACAAAGAAUUAUCGCAAAGAUUGAAAAGGAAUGUGUCCAGGAGUCAUGAGCAGGGAAAAUCCUGUGAGAUUCAGCACAGACCAGAAAGAGAGCAAGGAAACCAGCCAGGGGAGAAAAUGGGUAAAUUUAUUUCCAGUCGGGGAACUCAGAAGAUUGUCAAGGAAACCGCAACACAGCAGGAAAUCCUCCUAGGAAAGAGAAAAAAUACAUGCGCUGAGUGUGGGAAAACCUUCACUUGCAGCUCAGACCUUUCUGUUCAUCAGAGAAUCCACACAGGGGAGAGGCCGUAUGAAUGCCGUGAGUGUGGAAAAAGCUUCUCUCAGAGCUCAGCCCUUUCUCAACAUCAGAGAAUCCACACAGGGGAGAGGCCCUAUGAAUGUCGUGAGUGUGGGAAAAGCUUCACUCACAGGUCUCACCUUACUGGGCAUAAGAGAAUCCACACUGGGGAGAGGCCCUAUGAAUGCCAUGAGUGUGGGAAAAGUUUCUCUAGCAGCUCAGCCCUUUCUCACCAUCAGAGAAUCCACACAGGGGAGAGGCCCUAUGAAUGCCGUGAGUGUGGGAAAAGUUUUAUUACCAGCUCAGACCUUUCCCAACAUCAGAGAAUCCACACAGGGGAGAGGCCCUAUAAAUGCCAUGAGUGUGGGAAAAGCUUCACUCGCAUCUCUCACCUUACUGGGCAUCAGAGGAUCCACACGGGGAGAGGCCCUAUAAAUGCUGUGAGUGUGGGAAAACCUUCAUUCACCGCCAGCAGCUUAUUAGCUAUCAGAGAAUCCACACAGGUAUGAGACCCAAUGGAAGCAGUGAGUGUGGGAAAACCUUGUCUUGCCACUGAGCCCAUGUGAGCCAUCAGAGAAUCUGCAAGGGGGAUCAACACCAUAAAAACCCUCUAGGACUAUCAAUACUUUAAUACUUUCCUGAUUCCCACAUAGUAACUUUUAAAAGCUGUUUGUAGCACCAAUAUCCCUCAGCUUGUCCAGAUGAGUGAGUGGCCCAUUUUUGCAUUUUGCAGUUUGACCUCUUUGAGGUGGACUCAUUUGUCCUUUCUAUCAAUUCCAUUCUCCCGUGAGUAAUUCUAAUGUGCCCUUCCUAUCAGGAACCAGGGAGCAUCACAUUUAUACCAUUCCUCCUAUUGCAAAGUUAUUGUUAGAGUCACCAGUGAUACAGAUUGUGUCAUUGCCAAUUGUUCUCAUGUUGUGCUGAAGAGCAGUUAUAAUGAGAACUUUUCAUAUUGCAUUUAAAUGAAGAGGAGCAGGGGCAGGAAUAAAGUGUCAUUUCAGCCUCUGUGAUACUGGAAGGAGAUAUAAAAAGCGACAGAGUCCUGUGGCACCUUAUAGACUAAAAUACGAAUUGGAGCAUAAGCAAGAUACAAAAACCUGUAGAAGAACACUUCAAUCUCCCUGGAGACACAAUAGCAGACUUAAAAGUAGCCAUCC